AUGUCAAUCGCACCCAUCAUCACAUUCAAGGCGGGUCUCUGCGAUCUAGAUACCGGUUCUUCACCCUACAAGGCUAAGCCUCUUCCCACUCCUGGCUACAUCUACCUCCAUGAAGACGAUGAACAGCUCCUUCAUCUAUGUUGGCGACCAAGAGAUGCGCCAUUAGAUCUACCCGAACUUGAUCUUCUGAUGUUUCCAACUGACUGCACCUUCACCCCACUGGAAACAGACUCAGAUUCGCCAAGUACAAAGAAGACAAAUGGCAGGAUCUACGUCCUCAAAUUUGGAUCAAGCUCGCAGCGUCAUCUCUUCUGGCUACAGUCGAAGAGUCAACACCCUCAAGGUGAUCCUUCAUGGUUCAGUGCUCGCGAUCUAAAGCUUGGCCAAAUCGUCAACAACCUUCUACAAGGCGAGGAGGUGGAUGUACAACAAGAGAUUGCACAGUUACCACGGGACCAAGAUGGAGCCGACGAUGAUGAUGAGCCUAUGGAAGAUGUUGAAGGCACAGAUCAUGAUAGAAAUCGCCGACCUUCCGGGAGUGGUGGAGCUGGGCCGGAUGCAACUGGAGGUGACAUUCGGGAAGAAGGCGAGCAAUCCAGAGAGGGCGGUGCGGAUGGCGGAAGAGCGGCUACGGGAGAAUUGGACGCCAACGCCAUCGUUCAGAAUUUCAUUCGGUCCAUGGGAGGCAAUCAAGGACAAGGACGUCAAUCAGCCCCACAAGAGAAAAUAUUUACGACACUUGCGGAUUUGCUAACCCCGACAUCUACCAUUCCCUGGAUCGAGUCAGCCGAUAGAGAACUGGUUGAUCAACUGCUUCAAUAUCUACCACCAGCUUUAGUGACUCUAGCACAGGAGGCAGACGACUUGGCAGAUUUGAAUACCGAGCAUGCAUCUAUUGAAGCAGCAGAGCAGGCUCUGAGUUUGGAUCAGAAGAAGGACAUCUUAAGGAGAGUGUUGAGAUCUCCCCAACUUUCACAGAGUCUUGCAAGUUUAACUGUUGCGCUUCGUGAUGGUGGACUGCCAAGUAUCAGUGAAGCGCUCAAUAUUCCCGUUCGAAAUGGAGGCUAUAUGCGACGUGGCGGGGUGCCUUUAGGAGGUGGUGAAGCUGUGGAGGUCUUUCUGGAAGGCGUCAAAGAAAGUGUGGAAAAGGGAAAUCAGGAAGACAAUGGUCAAGAUCGUAUGGACACAGAGUAA